ACAAGGGGGACGUCCGUCCAAUGACGUUGCCUGCGAGGGUUGUGUGUGCUGUGUAUUCAGUACUCUGGGAUAGUUGAUCACAAGAAUAUGAGCGCAAGUGAACCAUCUAUCUCGAAAGACAGAAAGCUUAACAUCUCUAUGGGUGAUUUCUUCCUUGACUUUGACAUGGAUGUCCUGAUCGAGGCCUAUCGAGCUCUGUUGCGCUCCAACGACACCGACUCGUCGGAAGCUUAUCGCAACUUAGUCCGCACGACGUUUGAGGAAGACCCGCCGGGUUCAGUGGAUGGCGCGGUGGUGGUGAUAGGGAUUCUCUACAGCCUCAUCAUGCUGGUGUGCGGCAUCGGCAAUCUCCUCUUCCUCUUCGUGCUUCUUUACUACAAACAGACCCGUAGUACCACCAACCUUCUCAUAGGCAACCUGACUCUGUCAGACUUCCUGGUAGCCAUGAUAUGCCUCCCUUUCAACAUGGACUACCAUGUCAUCCACAGCGAGCAGUGGCUCUUCGGACCGGCUAUGUGUGCCGUGGUCAACUUCCUGACCUUCGUGUCCCUGUACGUGUCCACUCACGCCCUGCUAGCCAUAGCAAUCGACCGAUACUUCGUUGUCCAAGACGCCCAAAGACGACGCCUCCAUGUGGGUUGGACAUCACUGGUGAUCUGGGUCGUUGCUGUCGGGUUCGCAGUGCCAUGUGUUCUUUAUUCUGACGCACUUCCGUAUCCCAGCAGUGAUAAAGUCUACUGUGGAGUACUGUGGCCAAUAUCGUUACAACACGUCUAUAAGGGAUAUCACAUUUUCCUGCUGAUCGGCGAGUUCCUGCUCCCCGUGGUCGUCAUGAGUGUGUUCUACUCAUUCGUUGUCUGUAAAGUUUGGCGCAGACAGUUUCCUGGCCAGCGGAACGCGUCGCACGACCGCAUCCAGUCGCGAUCACGAAAGAAGACUUUCCGUUUGUUUGCGCUCUUCGUGAUGUUCGUGCUUUGCUGGUCCCCGUAUCACGUGUACGCCGUCAUGAGGGACUUCUACUUCGGCACCCUCAUCAAGAUCUCCACCAGCCCCAACAUGUUCUACAUGGCCCAGGCCAUCGCUAUGAGUAAUAGCCUCAUAAACACUGUGGUCUACGUCGUUUUUAACGGUAAUAUCACAAAGUACAUCAAGAUACUGCCAAAGGACAGUUGGGAAUCGUUUCGGCGCAUGUGCCGGAGGCGGAGUCGGGCCCAGUCGCGUGAACCUAGCAGACGAACCCGACGCCUGCGCAGUGAGGAUUUCCAUUCGGGAGUGCACACCACGACCUCGCGCAACGGCAGUGUGCGCAUGACCGCUGUCACUAACGUCAUCGUGGAGACGCGAGCCGAUGUUACCGUCACCGCUCUCUAGGUGAAGAACAAGAACGUCUUACAUCAUACUUACAAGCUGAUAGUUCCAAAGUCUUGCAUUUAACCAGACAGUAGCAAGAGGAUUUUUCUGAUAAGAAUCAGGUCGUAACAUCAGAAAUGUGAUUUAUGACGUUAGGCCAGAACGUUUCCCUGGAGGCCGAAAGAUCAUUUUCUGUAUCGUUCAUCUUUUGGCAACAUUUACAUUCGACUUGACUUUCUUACAGAACCAUUCUUACUGUCGACCCCUUCUCAAUAUGCCUCUGGCGUUUUUGUCUUUCUAUAAUGUUUUGAAAUGCACUCAUCGAUCAAUAGAUGUGCAUCUCUUGAGGUACGAAGUACUACUACAAGAUAAGGAAAUGCUGCGCGUCUAUUUUGGCACUUGUAGAUAUAGAUAUAAUGGUCAAAUGUUGAAACACUAGAUUUAUAAAGCACGAUGAACUAGAUUUUUGGAUUUAUAUGACAUUGCAGAGAUCGCUGUAAUAACAUUUUUGUGCGUAACUCGGCACAGGUAUGUUUUUGCACACGUUCGAUAUCAGUGAAGCAUUAGUACUGGGACGACAUGUUUGAGUUUGUGUGUGUGUGUGUGUGUGUGUGUGUGUGUGUGUGUGUGUGUGUGUG